AUGGAUAUCGUCGACCUGGGUGCGGUGGUAGUGGGAGGUGAUGAAGUACAGGGUCUAACUUGCGACUGGAUUCACUGCUACAGCACGACCCAGUUUUCGACUGGGAUAUCUUUGGAGGCAAAAACUAUUUUUAGUUGUACAAUAUUCGAUAACCGUAUCGUUCGAAAGAUCAUCUGCGGGAAUGAGUGGAGGAUGGAGGAGGUGGGUGACGCUUACUGGCUGGCUAGCAUCUGGAUUCACACCCUUUACUCGGUCAAUGACUUAGAGGGGCACAGAAGAUAUCUCAUCGUCACAUUUCUCGUAUAUCAUCCAGAUGGUAGUGGUGGAAGGCGGUGGCUGUGGGAGAUGGGAGGAAAUGGUGAAGCUCAGGGGCUGGCUGGCAGCUGGAUUCACGCCACACCACGACCGCUCUUCGAUUGGAAGACUUUGAGACGUAGGAAGAUCAUGGUCACACUGCUCAUCCAGGGGAUAAGGCAUUCGAAAGCUCAAAUGCUCUGCUUCGGGGGUAAGCUGUUGGAGAAGGGGGUGAAGCUGGGCCGCCUCCCGCAUGGAUUCACGCUGGCCAUGUACAUAUCUUUCGUACAGAGAACUUUGGAAGGCAAAAACCGUUGA